AUCGCACUCGUGUAUCUGUGCGUGUCGUGAUUCUAAUGAUUUUCUUUUUUGUAUUGAAAAUUAAUAAUGGGUGGCCAAAAAUUUGAAUAUGAUGAAAGUGGAUCUACAUUCUUUUACUUCGUUCUCUCUUUCCUAGCCCUAAUACUGGUACCGGCGACGAUUUAUUAUUGGCCUAGGAAGAGGAAAGAAGAUCCUGCCAAACGUGCAGAAUUAUGUCAAUGUCCAAACUGUAUAAAGAAACAAAUAAUCAUAGAACAAUCACAACCCUACAAAGGGGUUAAAAAUUUCUUUAUAAAACUAGCAAUUAUAUCAGGAUGGGUUUUGCUUGGCUUUUUGGCGUAUAAAGUUUCACAAUUUGAUUAUGAGAUGUCCAAUUUUGAUCCCUAUGAGAUACUGGGCCUGCCACCUGGUGCUACUCAAGCCGAGAUAAAAAAAUCGUAUCGCAAACAAUCUCUAAUUCUUCAUCCAGAUAAAGAAACUGGUGAUGAAAAAGCCUUUAUGAAGCUUACCAAGGCAUACCAGGCUCUUACUGAUGAUGAGGCUCGAAGAAACUGGGAGAAAUAUGGAAACCCUGAUGGGCCUGGUGCCAUGAGCUUUGGUAUUGCUCUACCAAGCUGGAUUGUUGAGAAAGAGAACAGUGUGUGGGUUCUUGGGUUAUAUGCAUUAGUUUUUAUGGUUGCCCUUCCAACUGCGGUUGGUAUGUGGUGGUAUAGGUCAAUUAGAUUCUCAGGAGAGCAAGUUUUAUUAGAUACUACACAAAUGUAUUUCUAUUUUUGCCAUAAAACACCGUCAAUGCCUUUGAAGCGAGCUCUUAUGAUUCUGGCUGCGUCUUGUGAGUUUGAUAGAAGACAUAACUCUGAAGUUAUUGAGAGAAUUACUGAUAAUGAGGAAGUUCCAAUGCUGCUUCGUGAGCUGCCAAACUUAGGUGAGAAGAACAAAGAGCAGCCGCUGUGUCGUCCGUACAGUAUUAAAGCGCGGGCGUUGCUGCACGCGCACCUCUCUCGCAUGAAGCUGCCUCCCGACACGCUGGAGUGCGACCGCCGGUACAUAGUGGCGCGCUGCCCCGACCUCAUUGUGGAGAUGGUCAACUGCGUCAACCAGCUGAUCGCCCUCGCGUAUGCUAGGAGAAUACCUCGUUUACCAACAAUCGAAACCAUCGAGAACUGCAUGAAGCUCUCCCCAAUGAUCGUCCAAGCACUGUGGGAGUACAAAUCGCCUUUACUGCAACUACCGUACAUCACCGAGGACCACCUGAAGUACUUCACGAAUCGGAAGAAGCACAUCAAAUCGCUGCUGCAGCUAGCUCAGUUGCCAGGCGAAGAAAGGAGACAAGUUCUGCGGUUCCUCAACGAUAAGCAAUAUGAAGACCUGAUGAAAGCGCUGGGAAAUAUGCCUUAUAUUCAUUUCCAAAUUAACACAGAAGUAAUUGAUGACGAGAACUCUACUGUGGUAACGGCCGGCGCUAUAGUGACCGUCACCGUCUUUUUGAGACGAACCAAUAUGAGGGAACUGUUUGGCGACACCACGAUCAAGGAAAAGGAAACUAUCAAGGAAGACGAGGAGGGCGCCGGCGACAACGCCGAAAAGGAAAAAGGCGAGAACGACAAGAAUGAUAAAAAUGACAAAAACGAUAAGAAGGAGACAUACAAGAGGCCAGUAUGGAUGAAGCAGCAGACAAAGAAACACCCCCAGUCGAAGAAAGCUAAGAAGCCGGCCGCUAACAAACAGCAGCCGGCCAAGCCCAGCCAGACCGCCACGCCGCCCCCGCCCAGCGACGCCAAGAAAACUAAGGAGGGGAAGGAACAGAAAGAUCCGAAUCAACCAAAGAAAAAAGACGACGAUGCCGAAGAGUCGGACUUGGGCAGCUCGGACGAGUCCGGGACGCACAGCUCGGGGUCGGAAGACGAGUCACGCGACAAGUCGUCGGCCGCGGAGGAAGACGACGACGACCAGUGGGACAAGUUCCAGAAGCGGCUGCAGAAGCGCGAGCGCUUGGAAGGACGCUCCAAGAGCUCGCACCCUGUUCACUGCCCCUAUUAUCCUCAGGUAAAACAAGAGUACUGGUGGUGCUACAUCUGCGACCGCAAGUCGCACACGCUGCUGGCGGCGCCGGCGCACGUGACGGCGCUGGUGGACACGCACGAGCUGCAGCUGCGCUUCACGGCGCCGCGCUGGCCCGGCGUCUACACGCUCGCCUGCUGCCUGCGCUCCGGUGAGUGCUGCACUACACAGCUGUCCAACAAGAGUACUGGUGGUGCUACAUCUGCGACCGCAAGUCGCACACGCUGCUGGCGGCGCCGGCGCACGUGACGGCGCUGGUGGACACGCACGAGCUGCAGCUGCGCUUCACGGCGCCGCGCUGGCCCGGCGUCUACACGCUCGCCUGCUGCCUGCGCUCCGGUGAGUGCUGCACUACACAGCUGUCCAACAAGAGUACUGGUGGUGCUACAUCUGCGACCGCAAGUCGCACACGCUGCUGGCGGCGCCGGCGCACGUGACGGCGCUGGUGGACACGCACGAGCUGCAGCUGCGCUUCACGGCGCCGCGCUGGCCCGGCGUCUACACGCUCGCCUGCUGCCUGCGCUCCGGUGAGUGCUGCACUACACAGCUGUCCAACAAGAGUACUGGUGGUGCUACAUCUGCGACCGCAAGUCGCACACGCUGCUGGCGGCGCCGGCGCACGUGACGGCGCUGGUGGACACGCACGAGCUGCAGCUGCGCUUCACGGCGCCGCGCUGGCCCGGCGUCUACACGCUCGCCUGCUGCCUGCGC